CAGAAGUUGAUAUUACCCUAAUUCCAUGACAGGCAACAGGCAAUGAGCAAAGUUCUCCAGACAUGAACUAAAGCUGAUUUAAGACCAUGAAUAAGAUCCUAAGUUCGCCAUACAUGAACUAAAGCUGAUUUAAGAUAAUGAGGAAGAUCCUAAGCGCAAACAUGGGUGGGUCAGCGCAAUGCUCCCACACGCCACAUGAUCUAUCUAUAGUUCUUGCGUAACAGACUUUGCUCGUUGCCCGCCAAAUAAAUUUGGGCCCUUAAGGCAUGCAUGCUUAUUUUAAUAUCACUCUCUGGCUAUCAGGUUUUAUUACAGAUAUUAAGGACCUACGAACAAGUUUACUUGUGUUUUUAAGCAUGCUAACAAAUGUAUGUUAACUGUUCUUUAAGCAUGUUAACAUAGGCCCUGUAACAAACACGAAACAGUUUAACAUACACAGGAAUAUUGGAAAACCUGCAUUUACAUCAGUACUUACAGUAGGUUGCCUUAGUUUUAACAACAAAAUCAUACUGCACCUUUUAAAGUUCAUUUUAAAAUAGGUAUGUUCAGGGCUUUCGUAUUGGUCUGAAGAGUUGGAGGGGGAAAAAUGUAAGAUGGGGGUAUAGUAUUAGCAAAAAAAAAUGAGAAUUUCAUUUCAGAUACGGAAUUUAGUGUUGAAUAAGAUUAGCUUCAUACCCCGCCUGGUCACUCACUUAGCAUGACAUAAAUAUAAAGACACCACUUAAGAUCUUGGAAUAGAAGAUUCUGCAAAUGUAGGGAUAUAACACAGGGUUUGGUCUGACAAUCAUGAUCAUCUCAUUCACCUAAAUGAAUUAUUAUGUUCAUACUUACAACUGUAAAACAUUUUGUAUUGCUUAUUUUUCUUAAGAUUUGAUUUCGAUCUCUCACUGCCAUCUAUGGAGGAUGUCUUAUUAUUGCACUAUGGCGUAGAUACUUUGACAAGGACUUUCUGCUUACAUUGUGAUAUGGUGGAUUUAGCCAGAAUUAUGUGAACAAAACACCAAGAAGAGGCCUAAAAGUCCAUGUUUCCAAAUGGGCAUAUAGCCUAUAGGUCAUGUCUUCACUGAUGAGAUGUAAAUAUUAUAAUAGCUGUGAUUGUGAUAGAUUACCAGUUCUCACUCCUGCUUUCGGGAAGCAACCCCCUGCACUGCAAUCCUUAAAUCUAUUCCUCAUUUAAGCCUCAAGCGUCCUUGAUUGUUUGGUAUGAGUAGCUAGUCAAGAGUUUGGAGGGGCCCAGGGGUAGGAUCGGCCGUCAGGUAUUUUGAUGCACCAGAGAAGACAGAAUAUGUGUCAGGCAAACUUGUUGUUAAAUUAAGACUAAUUAAUCUUCACAUGAUGAUGAAAAAAAGAGAAAUAGUCUAUUGAAAGAAAUGUUCGUAGUAUAAUGUCAUGUUGUGCUGCAUCAGUCAACCAAAUAGAAAUGUGCUGUGUACCUGCUUAUGACCAUCUAAAACCAAACCAAAUAUAUAUAAAACAAUACUAUUAUAUAUAUAACCACUAUAAUAUUAUUUUAAAAUAAAAAACUGGUCUUCAACCUUCAUUAUUAUUUCAUCGUCAUGAUUUAGGUAGAAUAGUCAUGUAGUCCAUACACGCUGCUCUACUCCACACUCAAAUUGAGAGCCUUGAGUUUCACCUGGGUCCUCCUGCUACUUCUUGACUGACUGCUUUUACACAAGUUCACAUCUUUAGGUAAUCUGACUGCUGUGUUCUGAAUCUCGUAACUCCCCUUGAUUCAUUUAUUAUCAUAGUAAUUCUACUUUAAAAACAAUCGUGUCAACUUUCAAGAUUGAACUAUUUUGAGUGUUUUUUUUUCAUAUUUUUAACAUGGAAAUUUUGUUUAAUUCCUGUUAUUUGUCGCAGUGGAACAAUGUGCUGUGAAAAGGUUUUGUGUUGUCAUCUGAUACCUUUGCAUGAAUGAUACCUUUGCUUUGAAUAAUAGUUGUAGGACAAUGCACUCCUACUUUCUCCUGGUUUGCUACAAGUGCAACAUUACUACAAAUUGCAAUUGUCUGUAUGCAGCCAUGAGCCUCAAGAUUAGUUCUAUGUACUACUACAACAUAUACUAAGAAACCAAUAUCCAUGACCAUAGCGCAGCCUGUAGUAGAAAUCUCAUGACAAUGUGCAAAUUAUCAUGUUGUGUAUAAUUUGUUUUGUCAAUAUCAGUGCGCUCAAUUCUUUAUAUAUAUAUAUAUAUCCAUUAGCUUAUGGGCUAAUGUGUGGUCAGCUGUUUGCUUAUUUAAUGUUGUGUUCUGCACCAGUAAGUGAUCACACAUCCGUUAUAUCAAAUGUUUAGGUUGCUCUGUAGUAAUUGAAAUAGGGGCUAUUUUAUCUUGAGUCCAGACAGUGUACUUUGCAUUUGUGGCUUCAUGCCGUUCCUGUUGUUCUUUAUCGUUGUGAAAUCAGUAACAUCCAAAUUGCAGUGUUUACAUUUACAUUAAGACCUACAAGACUCUUGUAAUCUAAAACAUCUAGAAAUGUAAAGUUGCAAUAUGUAAUUUUGUUUUCAGACAAUGAAAAUGGCCUUAGACUUACUGUUAUGAGAUGUUAUUCCCAAGGAGCAGUAAAAAGAUAAUGUUGGGUAAUAUUCUAAGAAUCAAAUUGUUAUUCAAAUAAUCUUACUUUUGUUGGGGCCUAAAAUGUAAACAAAUGCAAUUCCGUGCCUGAAACUGAGAAACAAAGUACAGAAUGCACAGGAGCAUUAAGACGUCUAUUUAGCCGUCACCAAAUUUGAGCUGUAAUACUGUGAUGGAUAUAAUGAGGUUUUUGCGGGAGGUGUUAUUGGCUCUGAUAUUUAGACUAUAAAGUGGUGUGCUGCUAUGCCACUGGUCUUUUGUUCUCUUAACAGAGUUUCCACAUGUUAAUGCAUUUGCAUGGGGUUAUAGAGUGGUGCCCAUGAUGUAGCACUUCAUUCAACUGUAGAAAGAAUGAGUAUGUUGUAAUGAGUGUGUCAUUAUUAGAAAAGAUAUGAGCUUGCUAAGCUUUGAUACCGGUAAUAGCACAAUACAAUAAUGCAACAUAUCCUCAUGAUAUUAUACUGAGCAAUUAAGCUGUUUGUAUGCGUCAUAUAACAUUAGUUAUGAUAAGCAAUACAUUGAUUUGAGUACAGUUAUGCUCUGGGUACUGAAAACAUAUUGUGUAGUUGUCUUUUAGGAUCAAGAUUACUGCUCACAUCGCAUACAUAUGUGAGCUUUGAAUAAUAGUGAAGUAGUAAUAUUUUUCACAGAACUGGGUGAAUUCACCAGUAGAGGGCAGCAUCAGUAUUUCUUCUAAAACCUAAAUAGUUUCUUUUUUCAGUCAUUUGUUUUACUCUAAUCUCAGUUCAUUGCCGCAGUUAUGCUAAUAUUAGUGCUAAGUUAUGAUUCAUGUUGGAUUCUACUGUUUUGUUGUACAGUGUAACCUUUCUGACUUACACAGGAUUGUUAUUUGUUUGAGAAUUUGUAAAUGAACAUACAUAAUACUGUCAUUUAGUGUUUGUUUUUUUUUGUUGUCUUUUACUUUCUUUUGGUAGUCUUUUUUUGAAGUCUACAUGGCUAUCUGGUCAGACAUGGUUUUGCACUCAUUGUUCUCUGUUGAUUUCCAUGUACCCAAAUGUGAACUGUAAAUGUUGACAGUUAUUGUCUUUUUACAGGAUGGUGUGAUUUCAGUAUAGCUGGUCUUUGUUUUAUGCUGAGUAUUUUUUUUUACAAUUCCAAUCAAUUAUCUGACUUAGGCCUUGAAUUCUAAAUGGUGCCUUGUGACAUUGUUCAUUGUUAUUAGUGGUAUUAUUUAUAUAUAUUUUUUAAUUAACUGUGUUGAAUGAAAAACUUCAGCGUGAAGUGAAGCUCUGCAAUAUGAACAGAAUUGUUAAUAUAGCCUGCUCCCCUUAGUUACAAACUGUACUUCUGUCUUAGAAUCUUAAUGCAUAUAUCUUUUGACAGUCACGAAACCCAAAUGGCUGUGUCUAACAUGUUUUUUUUCUCUUAAAAAUGUACUCUUUUAUUACCAUUUAAUAACUCACCAUAUGUUUCCAACAGGAAGAAGGAACAUUUCAAAUUAUGGCUGUCAAUGUCAUUUAGUUGUUUCAAUAACAAAGUGAAAUAAAUGUUCUUCAAAAAGCUGUGUUGCAAACAUGUUAUUUGCUGUGACUAGAAUUGCUGCGCACGUUGCUUUGAGUGCAUCUUCUCGGGAAAAAAAAACAAGUUCGGUUUGUUCGAAAAGUCAUGCCGUAGUUUACUUUGACAGAGACGGGGGAUAAAGUUUUGAAUUUACUCAAAGCGGACAGAUUUUCAAGCGACCAAGUUACGUCUUGGCUCGUUUUCUUCGUGAAAGAACUUUUAAAACUGAGAUAACAGAUCGAUGGCUGUCAUUUAACUUAUUUGGCUGAGCUACCCGGUAACAUUACCUUUGACAUAAGGUGCCAAGCUUGCUAGCUAGCUAGCUACCUUACUUCCUUCCUUCAUUAAGUUAUUUAAACGGUGCCUUGACUCGUAAAAUAGGUCAGAUCAUAUAUUGUAGGGGUUCUGUAUGCAUUACGUGAAGUAGGUUUAAUUUAAGUUUUUGUGGUCUCCUGUCACUGAGAUUUUCCUGUCAAGAAUGUAGCGCUCAUUAGCUGUGCAACGUUAUGUUACAUUGGCAUUUGGAAUUAGCUAGCUAGCUAGCCAAGUUGGUCAACUUGGAAGUAAGUUAGGUUGCAAGUAUAAGUUCUGUGGUCUCUCAAAUAGGUUAUUGUUGCCUUGUCAGUGAAGUUGCUCAUGUUAACUAUAUUCACAACCUCAUCACGGUGACUGCUCCAAAUCAUUAACAUUACGAUAUUUCUCAUGGUACUUUUCUGAAGUUUAUAACAUGUAGCAGAGUAGUCCAACGAUAAGCUAGCUUGCUAGCUGCUCAUUCUCAUAUGAAUGUAAUAUGCCUUGAUAUUUAUCAAACUGUCGGACUGUCCUGUAAUUGGACUAUUUCUGAGUUUUUCAAAUAUGUGUGCUUUUUAAAUACAAUCAUAUAUACAGUCGUAUAGAAGCGGAUAGCUUUUUGAGGGAGCAAAGUCGCUCACUCCCAAAAAACUCUGAAUCCAGUUCGCGUUAUUUAGACAGGUGGGUUGUCUAAGUGUAGAGAUGUGCAGGUUACUAAAGUAUUGCAUUAGUCACUGCCUUUAUGCAGCAAUGACCAGGUUCAAGGAAGUUGUUAAAGAUGUAAGUAUGUGGACAUCUGUCCACUGCCUGGGCUACCUAUCCAAUCUCAGUCUAUUUGUGGCUGUAUGCCUUGGGCUUUAUGUUCGGUGGGAGAAGACGGCAGAAUUCAUUGUUCUGGUCAUUUUGAUUUUGGGCCUCUUUGUUCUUGGAAUAGCAAGUAUUUUUUAUUACUAUUUCAGUAUGGAGCGUGUCAGCCUUAGUUUCUUCCAUGUCUGGUUUGGAUUUUUGCUGGGCCUUCUGUGUUUUCUCCACAACCCUUCCCUUGAGAUGGAUGUGAAGGAGCAAGCCACUAACUACUUACUUAUAGCCAGUAUAGUAACAUUUACUCUAUGGGCACUUUUGGAAAGGAUUUGUGGCAACACCAAGCCCAAUUCCAUCUUCCUCACAUCUUAUGAAGCCCUGGAGCUGACUGGUUUUACUGUCGCCAGCACUACUAUGCUUGUUGAUAAAUCGGCAGCUGUGGGUGUUCUCUCUGCAGCACUUGGAGUGCUGCUUGUGGCCCUCCGGACAAAGUCUUUUCUUGCCCUCCCUAAUACAAUAUGCUUUGUUGCCAUCAAUGAAGUUCUGUUUUUUAAGUCCCUGAACAUUUACACCAACCCAUUUGCUUUGGCUUGUUUCUUUGUGCGACUCAUCUGCCAGCCACUGCUGGAUUUCUACUUCAGUGGACUGUCUGCAAUUGAGCGCUGGCAGCCCCUGCUGCUGCAGGCAGGUCUGUGGCGCAGGCUCUCUCUGCUGCCUGUACUCAUGGUGGAAGUUGCAUUCUUUGUGCUGGCUGCCUUUAAGCUUGGUCAUCUUGAACUGUGGUACCUGGUCAUCCCUGGAUUCUCUGUUUUUGGGCUGUUUUGGGUGAUCUGCCAUGUGGUCUUAAUGGUCACUCUGUGGGGAUUCCACAGUAAACUGAGCGACUGUCAGAGAGUUCUCUCAGGACAGAGGUCAGACGCCAGCCACCUGGAUAGAAUCAUGGCUUCUAAAGGGAUGCGACACUUCUGCCUCAUUUCACAGCGCUUGGUGAUGUUCAGCGUUGUGUCCACUAUUAUCCUCGGGGCUCUCUCCUGGCAGCCAUCCGAAAGCCUGUACAUUAGUGUUUUCUUGCUAGUUUUGCUUCUGGAGUCUUUGGCUCAUGGCCUCUUUCAUGAGCUAGGCAGCUGUCUCGGAGGGACUGCCGUGGGCUAUGCUGUGGUAGUUCCCACCAACUACUGCAGUCCAGAUGGCCAGCCCACUCUCCUGCCCCCUGACCAGGUGCAGGCUCUGAACCUGCGCUCCACUGCCAUGUUGAACCAUGUUCAGCGCUUCUUCUCCCAUCACAUGAUUGAGACGUUUGGCUGCGACUACUCCACCAGUGGCAUGACUCUGGAUGGCCUGCAGGCCAAGCUCCGUGCCUUCCUGGAGAGCACUACAGCCGAUGGCCCCCGGCACGACACAUAUGUGGUCUUCUACAGUGGGCACACACACUCCAGUGGUGACUGGGCCCUUGCAGGGGGAGAAACUCUGCAGCUGGCGGAGAUUCUGGGUAUCUGGAGAGAGAAGAACAUGGGUAACUGCUCUCGGCUGAUCCUGGUCUUGGACACAGACAAUUCAUUACCAUGGGUAAAAGCAGUCCGCAAUGUGGAAGACGUCUAUGUGGCCAUCCAGGGUGCGGGGCUCGCCCAGACCACAGAUGUGGAGGGGCAGGACGCACCUCAGCUCGGGGACUUCACUGCAGAGUGGGUGGAGUUCAACUGUAACCCCGGCAGUGUUAUCCGCUGGACAGAAAGGGGGCGCAUGGUCAAGGCCAUAUAUGGGCUCUCCAGGAACUGGGGGGACUACAAGCUUCACUUGCCCACUGGAAAUGAUGUCGCGGCCCACUGGAGGGUGAACUUCCCCCGGCUCACCUACCCAGUGGUGCAGCUGGCUCACUGGUCCACGGGGCUGAAUCUGUUCUGGAUGUGUAGCAUGUUUCUGAAGUGUCUCAGGAGGAUCAAACUAACCUGGUUUCCACCUGCUGUUCUAGACACUGGCCAAGGCUUCAAAUUGGUUAAAUCUUAGAAGACGGCCUACAUAUUGCUACAAUUAACAAUGCACAAUGGCUCUAAUUAUAAAAGAUAUAUAUUUUACAGCAUUUCCAAAUUGUAUUUUCAUUGGUUACUGUUCUUGGUUACUGUUCUGGGUUACUGGGUUAUCCGGGUUACUGACAUUUUUUAUUUGAAAACAACUUUUUAUGUUUUGUUCAUUAACAUUUUUUCUUAAUAUCUGUUUCAAUGUUUGUGACUGUUCACACUGGUUAGAAUUUGAAUUCCAGUACGAUUGUGCAAGAUGACUGCCGGUUCAGUUCACUUCAGUUCACUUCAAAUCAAUAAACCAAUCUAAUUAGAUAGCCAAGAUUUUUUUUUGCCAUCAUUUAAUGUACUCUAUAAUAGCAUAAAGGUAAAUUCAAGUUACAGAUUUCUUGUAGUCCUAAAAGAUAAUAUCCACACAAGCUAUUGUCUUAUGUUGGAAAGUAUCUUGAGAGUACAAGAUGAUGAACUCAUACACACAAGAUCAAAUAUCACAUUCAAAAUAAUGUGCACUCUAAAUGAUCUUGUGGAUUAAAGCUUGUGUACGUAUUUAGCCUGCUGUUGAUGAUAAACAGCUUUCAUUUCUCCUGCUGUGUUAGGGAUGUGAGCAGCUAUCUGCCAUAACUGGAUGAGCAACUUUAAGUGGUACUUGAAUAUGUAAGACAUGUUUUGUGUCUGUUGCUCAACUGGUAGAUGAAGAUCAUGGUUUCAAUCCGGGAAACUGAAGAUUCAUCUUAUAACAGCCUACAGUGCAACAAUAUUGCCCACAAUAUUUUUCCUGUUCAUCACAAAUAUGACAUUUACUAGCUGCUUGGUUACAAGAUGUGAACAGUCUCAAGGUGGUGUCUCCAUUAAAAUUAUAAUAGUUUGUGUGAUUUAUUUUUCUGAAAUCAGAUGUAAAGAAGUUGUUAUACUGCCAUUUGCAAUUAUUGUAAUAAUAUGCUUAAGUGAUCUUCAUUUAGAUCUCUACAACAAUGCACAUACUUCUGCCUGUCAUUGAAGUGCCUUAUAAUAUUAAAGCUUUAAUUGUAAUUAAAGGAUACCCAGGUGUUUUUAUAUACUGUACACAAAAUAUGUAUUCACAUUAUUUAUUUCAUAAUUUUGUUCUGAUUCCCUCUUAGCUGAGAAAACUGUGUUGCAGAGUAGAAAAUAUGGUGCAGCUUCUCAUACUGCAUUGUGCAAAAUAAAAAACCUUGUCUUUGUA